ACUCAUUCAUUCAGCGAUUCAUGCUCCAAGCUUCUGGAUAAAAACCAACGACUGAAUUUUCUUUGAAAGAAUCUGUGAAACAGCAAGAGGAAAAUGAAGCCUGCUGCAGUUUUUCUUGCAGUUGCAUGCCUAUUUUUUGCAUAUGUACAAGGACAACCAAGGACCAAUGUGAGGAGGUGUUUGUGUCUGGGUCCUCUAGUUAACGCCGUGCGGACACAACGCAUUGACAAGAUCGAAUUUUAUCCAGCAAGUGCAACUUGUCAGAAUGUGGAAAUUAUUGCCACUCUUAAAAAUGGUGCAGGACAAAAAUGUCUGAACCCUGAAUCUGAAUUUACUCAGAAGUACAUCAUAAGAUCCAUUAAAAAAAGGAAUGCAGUGUAAAGCACGUGCUGUGACGCUAUGCUGAACCGAUGUGAAACGAUCCUGUGUGCAUGCCAACAGUUUCAAUUCCUGCACUGAUGAACCAUGUCUUAUUCCUUAAAACUGAUAAAGCUCAUCUUAUUACAUUUCCUGCUGUUUACUUUAUAAGUCCUAACUUUAUAUUCCCGGAUACGUUUCUAUCUAAUUUUUUUCACAUAAUUUGUGUAUGUUUUUGUAAACUGAUUAACAUGUUUGAAGUAUAAAGCAAUAAACACAAAGAUUUUUUUAACAUUUCUAA